AUGUCCGGAUGACAAGCACUCGCCAGUUUAACUCGAAGUGUGAGAGAGGAAGGAGCUGCCAGCACUAACUACUAAAAAAAAAUGGCGGAAAGUAAUUUAGGAUGUGGUCCGCUCACGAUCAAGUACCUGGUCUUCAUCUUCAAUUUCAUCUUCUUCUUGUCCGGGAUCAUCCUGAUUGCCGUCGGGGUGGUCGCCCAAAUCUUCUUCAGCUCGUACCUGCAGUUCUUUGAUGGCAAGUUCGAGACUCCUGCCAUUGGGAUCAUCAUCUUGGGCGCCAUCAUCCUGGUAGUGUCCUUCUUCGGCUGCUGCGGAGCCAAGAAGGAGAAUGUCUGCAUGCUGCGUACGUUCUCCUUCCUGAUGGUGGUGGUGCUGCUGUGUGAGAUCGCUGCAGGCAUUACUGUGGCUGUCAUGCGUCCACAGGUGGAGGAGCUAGUCAAGAAAAACAUGGAUGACACCAUGGACCAGUAUGGCAGCCCCAAGAACCUCGUCACCAAGACAUGGGAUGAUCUGCAGAAGAACUACCAUUGCUGUGGAACGAACAACUACACUGAGUGGGAAAUCACUCCCUUUGGAAAGAAUGUGACUGGAGUACCUGACACGUGCUGCAAGAUUAUUACUGCGGGAUGCGGCCAUGGUGUGUUCUCUGGCAACAAGACAGAAACCAUCUUCACUGAUGGUUGCUACACUGCCCUCAACGACUCGGCAAUGCGCAACAUUGGUGCCAUUAUUGGAGGUGCAGUUGCCCUUGCUCUGCUGCAGAUGGUUGGCGUUUGGAUGUCACACUGUCUAGUCCGAGCAGUGAAGGAGCGGUACGAAAUCUUGUAAACGCCGAAUGGAAUUCAUCCCCUCAACAGUAUUACGAAACAGUUGGCUCCCAGACUGCUGUGCCAUACAUGCAUAUAGGAAGGGGGUAUUGGUCACAUGAAAGCCUGAUUUUAUGCAAGACCAUUUGCCGUAUAUUUCAUGGUUCUUAUUCUGUUUUAUUUUGACCUGUGAAUUUUUAUUGGCCUUCGGUUCCUCCAUCAAGAAAGUAUUCCGUAAUGAAACUGAUCUAGGUUUUAGUGGUACAGGUGGUGUAAAUGUAUGAGUACUGUAUUUUCUGAGGGCAUAUAUCCAAGAAUAUUUGGGCAUUUUGCGGAAAAAAACAAAUUAACCAAUAUUUAUCCAUGAAAUACCAAAUUGGUGCCAAGUAAAGGUUCACAUACGAAAAGCUUAUAUGAAGAGUUGUGAGCAUGGCCAGGGAAAGAGUAUUUUUCUAGUGAUUUUUUGAUUGUGUGAUGUUAACUAUGAAUGUGAUAUGGAGUUUAAGCCUGAAAAUUAGAUACGUAAGUUUUUGAUAUGAAUGGUAAUAAUUUUAAAGGGUGUGAAAAGGGUUCUUUUAUAUAGUCUGCAUUGGAAGGGAGACUAGAAAAACAGUGAAGUAAACAUGUAUUCAAACUUCUAUAUGUAUCAAUGUAAUGGAUUGUUCUCUUCUGUGUACUCUCCUAAUAAAAUGUUCAGAUCUAU